CAGACCUGCGAUUCAUGUAGAUGGACAUUCUGUGGGACAGCGUGUUUCACCAAUCACGUCUCUAAGACACAGACUGGGAAGACCGCAGAUCACCAGCAACUGAGCGUCUGUACAAAUCGUAGGAAGUGCGGCAACUGUCACAAACUCCUUGUGGGUCGCAAACAGCAACAAGAACACCUGUGUGGCUACAUCACGUGUCCUUCAUGUCACCAUUACAUCAAAGCCUUGUCGCAACGGUGCUUCAUUCAAGUGGCUAAGCCUCCCGAGGAAGAACGGGGAGAACGUCACGUCAAACGAAGACCUGGUUGUCGUCUGUGUGAUGCUGCUGCCGGCUUGGCCACUGUGCAUUCCAACGAGGACGAUGUUCCAUCCACUUCUCUUCUUCCUUCACCUCCUGCGGACGGUGUCGACCUCAAUGAUGAAAAACCUCCGUUACACGUAUUCUUCAACGUGGAGGCCAUGCACGACACGGGACGUCACGUUUGGAAUCUUGUCAUGGCCAAAACUGAGAAUGACGAGCAUCCAGUCCGCUUCCAGGGAGGCUCAUGCAUGCGCGACUUCUCAAACUCCUCAAGCAGGGGUGUCUCUCCUUCAAGUCUGUAUUCGAGCCUCUGGCUCGAUUCAAUCCCUUUUCCCACAUCACCAUCGCCUCUGCUUGCAACCAGGAUCUCCAACAACAACAUCGCCAACAAACCGCUCCAUGGGUGGCACUUGAACACCAAUCAUUCUCGCGUCGCCCUGGAAUGGCUCCACUGGCAACAGCACCAGUUACCAGAUGAAGACGAUUACAUCCAACAUGCAGGCAAUUCUGGCAAGUACAAGAUUCCUCAUUCCCGGUACACGGUAGACGGAUACCAUGAGAAAACCAACACUGUCUACGACACUGUCCAGUCUGCUAUUCCAAUCGCAACGAAUCCCACUGCCGCCUUGACAAUAGGUGCUUUGACGACGUGUACCGUUGCAUGCAGGUCAAACUCGACUUACUGUGUAAUCGAGGUUUCAGGGUAGUCGAAAUUUGGGAGUGUCAAUGGGAAAAACUGAAACGAGAACGCGAAGAUGUUUGCGCGUUCAUUGGUGCCCUAAGUCUCUCGGCCCCUCUAAAUCUUGGGGAUGCGUUCUUCGGAGGUCGACUCUACCACAAGGUAGACAAGACUCGGGGGGAAAAGAUUCGUUACUACGAUGUCAUGUCUCUGUACCCAUGAGUCAACAAGAAUGGUGAGUACCCUCUGGGACAUCCCGAGAUCAUCUCUCAACCCGGUCAUACAGACCUUUCUCAUUAUUUUGGCUUAGCAAAAUGCAUGAUGCUUCCACCUUAUGGUCUCUUCCAUCCCGUGCUACCUUACCGUCAUGCCGGCAAACUCACCUUUCCGCUCUGUGCCUCCUGCAUGACCAAGGAAAUAUCCAAACUCUUUCUGGAGCGUACUCCUGUCUGUACUUGCACGGAUUUGGAACGCGUACGAUUUGCGUACACGAAGUGUGGCAUUUCCCGACCACUCGCAGAGGGCUCUUCAAAGACUACGUGAUCACGUGGCUCAAGAUCAAUGAAGAGGCCAGCGGGUAGCCGAGUCACAUGGGCAAUGAUCUCCUGAAACUUCAAGGACACUUGGAUGAUUACAGAGACAAGGAGGGGAUCAAAUUGGACCCGGAAAAGAUGGAGAAAAAUCCCGGACUGUGCACGCUGGCCAAGAUGAUGUUAAAGUCCAUGUGGAGUAAAUUUGGUCAGCGUACCAACAAGAUGCAAGUCCGGGAAUUUGAAUUCUGUAACAGCAACACCCUCCAAAUCAAGUACGUUGGUAUACAAUCAGACGAUCGCGUAGAAGAACAGUACACUUUACAAGAGGAAGACGAAUCCAUCUUGCCCAACCUGAACAUAUUCGUGGCCUGUUUCACGACCUGUUGGGCUUGUUUUAAACUCUAUGACACUGUCAACAUCUUACAAGAGCGAGUACUGCAUAAAGACACGGACUCAGUGGUGUUCCUUUCCGCCCAGGGAAUGCCCAAGCCACCACUGGGAGAUUAUCUGGGAGACUUUAAGGACGAAUUGCCGCCAGACGACUAUAUAGUGGAAUUUGCCUCCGGAGGUCCAAAAAACUACGGGUACAAGACUCACAAAGGUAAAGAGGACUGUAAAGUCCGAGGCAUCACACUCAAUAGUCUGGGGAAGGGAUAUGUCAAUUUUGAAGUCCUCAAAAACAACGUGCUGGAAGACUUGACUUCCCCAUUGGAGUCUGGUGAAGCGCGCAUCACUGCCGUGCCCAUUCCAUUCAAAAUUGUGAGGAACACCCAAGAAUACCAAUUGUCCACCACGGCCCAACGAAAAAAAUACAAGUUGGUCUACAACAAGCACAUGGUGAAUCCUCAUACCUUCCAAACCUUCCCGUAUGGGUAUGAGCCGUGGACGAAAGAGGACACUCAUGUGACUGAACUGCUCACUUCUCUCUAA